AUGAAUUUUGAAUUUGAGAGGGAGAUCGGGUUCAUCAACAGCCAGCCAUCGCUAGCAGAGUGCCUGACGUCCUUCCCUGCUGUCCUGGAGACAUUUCAAACUUCAUCAAUCAAGGACUCGACAUUAAUUCCUCCUCCUUUUGAGCAAACCAUCCCCAGCUUGAAUCCGGGCUCCGGUGGCCAGCCGAGGACUAGGAGCCAAAAACGGACAGAUAAUGGCCUGCUCCAGCAGUCUAGCCAUCAGCCUGGCCAUUUGGCUACUGAGUUCCCCUGGAUGAAGGAAAAAAAAUCAGGCAAGAAGAGCAACCAAGGAUCCCCACCAGCUCCCCUCUCAACGCCUGAGUCUGCAGGGGGGUCACCAGCAGAACCGACAGGAAUCCAGGACGCCAACAGCAGCUCUAGGAGGCUGAGGACAGCCUACACCAACACCCAACUGCUGGAGCUGGAGAAGGAAUUCCACUUCAAUAAGUACCUCUGCAGACCCAGGCGAGUGGAGAUUGCUGCUCUGCUAGAUCUCACAGAGAGACAGGUCAAAGUUUGGUUCCAGAACCGCAGGAUGAAGCACAAGAGACAGACGCAACAAAAAGACCAACAGGAUGGGGACUUGAGUUUCUCCAACUUAGAAGACUGCGACCCCAUAGAGGAUGGAGAUGAGAGCCCAGCCUACCACCAAGGAGUAGAUGCCAAUGACUCUUUGAGGGAGUCAGAGACCCAUACAAGCCUGAGACUCCCAAGUUGCCCAUCAGUCAACAGCUUCCUUCAGGCAAGGAAUCCACAUCCAGAAGCCCCCUCUACCCAACACCCACCAGUGAGACUGAUCCCAGUGCAGAGGUGGGUAGCAUGGACAAUGUCCUCUCUGAAAGCCAGGACAAUUUAUUGUCAGAGCUGACUUUAUUCCCGUCAGACUCCUGCCUACACAUUUCAGAUGGUUCCCUCAAUAGUCCUGUUCACUUCUCCCAAGAAGAUCUCGACUUUCUCACUAGCACACUUUGCAGCAAGGAUCUCCACACUUUAGAUUUUUAA